CUUCAUUCACAUGAUGAUGCUUUUCCUUGAAGACUUCGUGGAUCCUGCAUCAUGUUGCUAAGGAAUUUCCUCUAUAUGUUGACGUCUGGUUCUUUAUAUCUGAUCCUAGCUCCCAUUAUACUAUCACAAAAACUUUCUUACAGACCUAGGUAACUUGCCAAAGUUAUGGCUGAUAGAUUGUUGUUAUUAACUUCAGUACAACCAGGUCGCCAAUUUUCUCUUGCAGAGAUUCAAUCCGCAACCAAUGACUUCGAUGAUGAACUAGUCAUUGGACACGGAGGGUUUGGAAAGGUGUACAAAGGUUGUAUUUCUAUCGAAGAAACUAGUCAUGUUGUGGCCAUCAAACGGUUGGAUUCUAAAUCCAAUCAGGGGGCACCUGAGUUUAGGGCAGAAAUCGAGAUGCUUUCAAAGCUACGCCACUGUAACUUGGUGUCUCUCAUUGGUUAUUGUGAUGAUAACAAAGAGAUGAUCCUAGUUUAUGCGUAUAUGCCUAAUGGAACCCUCUACCAUCAUCUACACAAAGCUGAGACUCCUUUAAAUUGGAUGCAAAGACUCCAGAUAGCCAUAGGUGCCCGGCCGUGGAUUGGACUACCUUCACACAGGUUUGGGCACUAAACACGUAGUCAUUCAUCGUGAUGUGAAGAGUUCAAAUAUUCUUUUGGAUGAGAAAUGGGCAGCUAUGAUUUCUGAUUUCGGGUUGUCCAAAAUAGGCCCAACAAACCAGUCAACGUCAUAUGUUGACGCCAGUGUUAAAGGCACGUUCGGGUAUCUAGAUCCAGAGUAUUUCUAUACCAGAAGGUUGACAAGGAAAACAGAUGUGUAUGCAUUUGGGGUUAUAUUGUUUGAAUUGCUAACAGGGAGGCUUGCAGUAGAUGAAAGCAAUGCUGAGGAGAAUAUCAGUUUGGUAAGAUGGGCUCAAAAGUGUGUGAAAGAACGGAAAUUUGAUCAAAUGGUUGAUUCUAAUAUCCAGGGGACAGUUUUGUCCAAAUGUUUACGAGGGUUUGCAAAAAUUGCAUAUCGUUGCUUGCUUAGUGUUCUAAAAGAAAGACCUACUAUGGCCGAGGUUGUGAUCACACUUCAGGAUUUACUAGAACUACAGCGGAGACAUGACAAUUCUGCUGAGGCACCAGGCAUAACAGUAUUCACUUGGAAGAUUCAUAAGUUUCUUGCUUCCACAACUAAACAAAACUCGGACCGAAAUGGCACAAGUUCAUCAAAGAGCCUUGAAAUGAACAUGAAUCAAUGCUCUUCAACUAACAAGGAUGGCAGCGAUCAGGUUGGAGUGCCUUGUCAACAUGAGGAAUCAGUGGUCACAGAUCUAAAACGGUUCCGAUAUUUGGAUUUAAGACGUGCUACGAAGAACUUUGGAAAUGGCAGAAACAUGAAGGGUAUGUGUUUCGUGCAGGUUUACAAAGGUUGGAUCGAUAAAAGAACAUAUUCCCCUUCUAAAGCUAAUACUGGAUUGCCAAUUUCAAUUAAGACAGUAGACCGGAGAAUUUACCUCCCAAAUCUUGCAUGGUCUGAGUUGGAUUUGGAAAUGUUGAAAGAAUUUCGUCAUCCCAACCUUGAAAAGCUCAUAGGAUAUUGCUUGAAAGGCAAAAAGCUCCUCCUUGUAUAUGAAUUCAUGCCUAAGGGAAACUUUGAGGAUCACCUAUAUACCGGAACACUAUUUACACUUCCGUUGGUUGCAAAGGUGAAAAUAGCAGUAGGAAUUGCUCGGGGUAUUGUUUUUUUGCACAAGUCACAAGAUCUACUAGGGGGACGUGUUUUUGGUGAGUCUCGGCUUCACAGAGAUAAGAUAUUGCUGGAUGAGGAUUACACGGUAAAGCUUGCAAAUUAUGAUGUUACUAAGCUAGUGCAUGGUGGCUAUCCCUGGGGUGUAGCAUUUUAUGAACUUGGUAUUCGCGAUGAUUAUCCAGGGUUUAAGCGCGGUGAACCACAAAGCAAUUUCUUGGGCUUUACAAUGGCAUUCAUAGAGGUGAUAACAGGGAAAACAAUCUCUAAUGGAAGAGAAUUCCAAAAGAUGGAUGAUUUGUUUAUGAAAUAUGGAAAAAUGUCUUUGGUUCAUAUUGCCCAAUCAUGUUUUGACAUCUGCAAUGAGGUGGAUUCAGAAUCAAAUAUGCUAAAAAUCUUGGAGCAAUAUAUUCCACAGAACAAGGAAUUCGCAACAGAACUAUUGAGAGCCCGUUAUUGUGAUGACUGGCUUUACCCAGAAAAUUCGCCAGAGUGGCACAAGUACAUGAAAGAGCUCUGGUGAAAUGCCUGGUAAGCAUGGGUAAUUCUUCAUUACACAUCUCAAGUGUUUCACAUAUGAUGAACUCAGACAAUAUUCUACAUAUGAAGAACUUUCGAAAUGACAAAUGUUAGAGUGACAAGUGUGAUGCAGAAGUUUACAGAGGCUGUAUGUGUUCUGAAGCUUAUAUGAUUUGCCAAUUGCAGUUAAGAAACAUGACUACUAAAAACAUGCAAACCAAGUAAAGUAUCAGUAGUAUAAGCAUAUGACCUACGGUCACACUUUUUCCAAAACAUCCCUGCCACACUUUCGAUUAUUUGAGUGGCUAAAGUUCACUAGUGAAAGUCUUGCCUAGUCUUGGCCACAAUUUAUUUACGAUACAUGUGACAAUUUUAUAUUUUUUCGAAAGCCUUGCCUUUUUUUUUUGAUAAAAAAACUUGACAAUUACGAGCCAUAGUCGAAAAGUGUAAAUGUGAACAACUGCAAUGGUAUUUGUUUGAUUUUUGGAAUGUGUUUGUCACUAUUUUGUAUAAGAGGAUAGGUACAUAUAUGGUCACAUACCCC